UCUCAUCAGCUCCAGUUUGAAGAGUCAUUCAUACCACUAAAAAAAAAGCACAGGAGGAAAAUUUUUAGUUUCUCCUCUCCUUUCUUAAUAGUCUCUUUCCCAGACUGCUUCUGCUUCAUUCCUCUUUGUCUGACUCUCUGCCUACCGCACUUGAACAAACAAACAAGAACCACCACCUCUUCGCGAACCACUCGACCAUAGGUCCUCAUUGCCUACACACCUCGUAUCCAAUUGACUCAUAUUGCGUCUACAUGUUUAUUACGCCAUUAUCGCAAAUCGGAUUGACUUUCCGCGUUUCGAAUAAUUCGAGUAAUUCGACAUAGACUGCGCAUUUUAUACUUCCCGCAUCGCCAGCACUUUUUGCACGCAUCCUCAACAACAACAAAUCAACAAACACCACUCUCCUACCUACGACUACCUAUCACACCUCAAUUUACCAUGCCUGCAUCAGUGAAUUACCGUGUCGUUGAACCGCAUCCGUCGGUCCCUCAUACCAGCCGCCCUGCUCUGCACACGGCUCGCGGAGGCGCUGGCAAUGUCAUCAACCUGAAGGGUACCAAGACCACCGACUCCCGCACGGCUACCGGUCCUGCUUCCUUGACCCGCCUGGACUCGAAUGUUCCCAGCACCUUCAAGUCUGGCCGUGGCGGUGCCGGCAACGUCCACAGCAGCAGCGAGCGCGCCAUCUUUAGCUUCGACGAAGAGCUUGAGCGUGAUCUCCGCCGUGCUGCCCCCGUCUACCAUGUCGGCCGUGGUGGAGCCGGCAACAUGGUCUUCAGCGACGACUCAUCCAGCACCCUCAGCCGCAAGUUCUCCGGCAGCAGCUCGAGUAGCUCCGGUUCUACUCGUGAACGGGCUCUCCGCGGUCUUGAGAAGGGCUGGGGCAAGCUUAGGGGCAUGGCAUAGGUAUGAAGAGCAAGGGGGGAGUGAAACUGGGUUUCUUUCCGACCAUCUUCAGCGCUAUUUCCAUUGUGCCCAUUGCCGCCUACCAGCGUUGCAUCAACAGAUCAUGACUCACGACUUACGACCACCAAAAAAGUUUUGUUUUCACCAUUCGACUUUGAAUUCGAAGAUUGCUACCUUCACCUCUAUCAUCUCACUCAAAUACGCCUUUAAUCCCCAUAUCUCCCUUCAACAACAUCUGAUUGCUUCGAUUCGAAUCAUGGGGUGCUAUUGUUCCCCCUCCAAACUUACAGCUCUCUUCUCAUCUUUCUUUCCUUUUCAAUCUUCAACCUCCACAUCAACACUCUUCAACAUGAUACCCCUUUAGCCAUGGUCUCGUCUACAUGCGCGGACAUCAGCAUGGCGUUGACAUUGCCCUGUUCAUUUGUUCCUUUGUAUUUUUUUUAGGACAAUGACUGGAUUUGUCUUGUUUACAGCAUAGGAUCGAUCACUGCGUCUCCUUGCUUCACUACCACAGCAUAUUGUGUCACUGGCCAAUAGAGCCAAGAUUUCCCAUGUACCUUACUAGUUAACUGUGAAAUCAAACCAAGCAAAAACAACCCCAACCGAA